ACCAAAGCGAAGCAGCGAGGCCCCUCCUCGGCUCUCCUCCAUCCCACCGGCGUGCCACGCCCACGCUCUCCCAGACCGACCAGGCGGCGAUGGUGUCGGACUCGGAGCUGGUGGAGCGGCUGCGGGAGGUGCUUCGGGAGUCGGACCUCACCACCACCACCACCGGCGCCCUGCGCCGCCGCCUCGAGGAGGACUUCGGGGUCGACCUCUCCGACAAGAAGACCUUCUUCCGGGAGCAGGUCGACCUCCUGCUCGCCGAGUUCGCCGACAAGGCCGAGCGGGAGGAUGCGGAUGGGGCUGCACCCGCAGCGGGGGAGGAGGAUCCGGAGGAGGUGAUACCGGAGGCCGAGGGAGAAGAGGGUAGUGGCGGGGAGGCGGCAGAGGAGGGGGAGGAAGAGGAGGAAGAAGAGGAGGAGGAGGAGGAAGAAGGCGGCCGGAAGAAGAAGCGGCGGUUGGCUGAUGGCAAGAAAAAGGCUGGUGGCUUCACUAAAUUAUGCAGCAUUUCCCCAGCACUUCAAGAGUUUGUAGGUGCCUCUGAGUUAGCCAGGACAGAGGUUGUCAAGAAGAUUUGGGCAUAUAUCAAACAACAUAAUUUGCAAGACCCAAGCAAUAGGAGGAAGAUUCUGUGCGAUGAAGCAUUGAAGAAGAUAUUUAAUGUCGAUUCAAUCGAUAUGUUCCAAAUGAAUAAAGCUUUGACCAAGCAUAUCUGGCCAUUGAAUUCUGAGGGUCCUGUCUCACCUAAGAGAUCGGAACCCAAAGAACCCAAAGAGAAGCCUCAAAAGAGAGACAGAAAUGAAGGAAACAAGAAAAAAGGUGGAUCCUCUGGGUCUGGGUCUACAUCUGGCCUUCUUGCGCCCGUUCAACUUUCGGAAGAUUUAGCAAGAUUUAUCGGCACCGGUGAGAGUAUGUUAUCACGAUCCGAUGUUGUGAAGAGAAUGUGGGAUUAUAUAAAAGCGAAUAACUUGCAGGAUCCUUCUGACCGGAGGAAAAUAAUCUGCGACGAGAAGCUGAAGGACCUAUUCCAAGUUGACACAUUCACCGGGUUCACGGUUUCGAAGCUGCUCAAUCCCCACUUCACAAAGGCAACGUAGGGACCUGCACUGUACCAGGCCGGUCUGCAGAACCCAUAAGGACGGGUGAUUUUGUUGUCUUCUGCAGAAUGUGUAACCGUGUUGUAACAUUUAGGAGCUGCCAGAGAAAAUGUGGAACUUUAACUUGUGUGAAUUGUGUGGGGGCGUGGACUUUCCUCCCACUAUCAAUAGUAGGGUCUUUUAAUGUCU